AUGUCAUUUCAAAAUUUAUUGUCAUCAAUAUCAUUUGACAGAAGAAAUUUUGUGCAUAGAACUUAUAGUGAAUUACAUCAUAAUUCUGCAUCAAUUGCAAAUGAUAUUUAUGAUAAUACUUCAUCAAACACAUCU